UGCGGUGACUUUUUACACUUAAUAAGACGCACCUGUUGAUCUGUAAUCCAUGCGGCUGCCUUUCAACGUCGUCUCACGGCAAGCCUUUCCUUUGCAAACACUGACAGUCUGCAAUGAUGAAGUCAAGGGUGUUAAAAGAAAACAUACUCAUUUGGAGACUGUUUACAUUGGAGAAGCAGACUGGCAUGUUGAUUUUGGAUGGGGGGGGAAAUAAGCUACUGUCAAACACAUAGGCCUAGUCCACAUUGAUUGACACAGCAGCCCACCUGUGUAUGCAGACACAACGUGAAAUCUCAGUUGAGAUCAGCAAUUCUCCAAAAAGCCUUUUUUAUAUCCUCUAUGGGAUGAAAUGUCGCAGAUAAGUCAGACAACAGCAACAGAUCUGCCUGAGGGUUACCCUGUGACAAACCUAACUAUAGUGGUCCUUUUGCUCAUACCCUUUGUGGUCAUUUUGCUGCUGCUGAAUUGCCUGUUUCUGGGCUACAAGUUUCUGAUCCUGUCAAAGAAGAACAGCAGACACAUGCGAGAGGACACAGAGCAGAUGCUUUUACAGUCCACCCUGCAAAGAGUCAGAAGACUAUCCGAUGCGGGUUUCCCCCCGCUGCACGACGGGAGGAGAGCGUACAUGUCUCUAUCGGAGCCCGUCUUGCCACAUCCCGUCACCUCAUCCCGGGCUUCUUCCAGGGAGAGGGCCAGCAGGCUGGAUCACAUGAUCCGGCUUCUGAGGCCAGACGGUGCCACCGGUUCAGGGUCCCUGAGGGCGCCGAGCACCAUCCGGGCCACUUCAACCGCGUCUGGGUUCACCCCAAGACUGAACCUGGCCUCUGGCUCAACACGGACUUGCAGCGUCAGUAAAGCUGGCUGGUGCAAAAGUGCUCCAGUGUUGCCGCAGUCCAGCGAUUCAGAGGCUGAGACCAGAGUGAACCUGGUUCCGCCAAACUCUCCAACGCAGGAGACAAUAAAUGGAGGUCACGUUCAACGCAGCAGUACUUACGACAGGCUGACGGGUCUGAGCCCGGGUGUUGCGGUUCACGUGUUUGACAAAGUGGACAUGGAGUGCGAGUUCAUCAACGUGCCUUUAGAGACGUCCUGUGUGAACACGUCUGCAGUGGGUCCUGGACUGGACAGCGACUUUGGUGCCAGUGCAGGAGUGUCCCUACGGAUUCUGUCUGCAGACAGUGACGGCCUGUCUAACGGGGUUCUGGCUUCAGCUUUGGAGUGGGAUUAUUACGACCCGUGCUACGUCAAACAGAAUAAUCUACCCAAACACAAACACCACAGACCUGCGAUGCACACUAAACAGUACUGGGUGUGAUUCGUCGCAGCUGUCGGUGUUAGAAGUACUUUUAAUGUUUAUUUUAUAACUUUAUUUAUUCAAUUUAAAUAACAUGUAUGUUUUAUUUUAUUGAAUGCUAAUUUAUUUGUUUGUCUCACUGAUAAUCACUGAACUGACACACUUUAAACAUUUAUUAUUUUAUUAUUAAAACACUCUGCCACUGACUUUGUUCAGUUAAAUAUUUGCAAUUCACCCUCACUUUAGUUCUUGUUAUAUUUGGUAUGCACUUCGUCACUCCUGUUGUUGUUAGUCACCGUUAUACAAACAGGGAUUAUGACUCAUUCCUUGAUUUCAAGAACACACAUUCACCAUAGUUGUUUCACUGAUAUUUUUUUUGAAAGGUUUUUGAAUCACGUUGAACAAUAAAGAUUUAUUGAAAGUG